AUGGAGAAAGAGGAAAAUUUGUCUGAACAGAACUUUUUUGUUGUUACAGAUAUGAAGACACAAAUGCCUAUAAUCACGUCAAAGAAGUAUCGGCAUAGUGUAGAGUGGGCCGCAGAGCUCAUGCAAAGACAGGGGCAGGAGGAGAGUACAGUGCAGAGAAUCCUCCAGGAUUACACAAAGCCACUUGAGCAUCCUGGUAUAAAAAGGAAUAAAGAAGUUCAAUGGCAUGAUGAGCGGAACUCUGAAACGGUUUCCAAAAUGGAAGGUACCGCAGAUAGAGAGGAACUUUCUGUGAUGAAUGGGGACGUGGGAAAGUCAGUUGACACCGACGGUCCCAGCAAGCCAUCAGACCGCCUGCAGGAGAGCCCUGGGCCUGACCUGCUUGCUCCAAACGGCUUGGAUGAACCUGUGGUGGAGGUUCCCAGGCUGCAACACCACCCCCUGCCCCAAGUUUCUUGUGGCAAAGAAGAUGUUCUCCUCCCCCUGCCUGACACUCAGCCUGGGGACAGGAGCCAGCAAGCGGGUCUCCUCUGUGCUAGAGAGAAGGGGCCUGGUGAUGAGUUCGUGCUGGUGGAGGAAGAUGUGUAUGACGUGAGCGAGAAGGAAUGUGCCCCAAGUGAAGAAUUGGCACCAAAAAAGAGAUUAGUAUGCAGAAGAAAUCCAUAUAGGAUCUUGGAGUAUUUGCAACUUAGCCUAGAAGAGGCCUUUUUCCUGGUCUAUGCUCUGGGAUGUCUGAGUAUUUACUAUGAGAAGGAGCCUUUAACAAUCAUGAAGCUCUGGAAAGCUUUCACUGUAGUUCAGCCCACAUUUAGGACUACGUACAUGGCAUACCAUUACUUCCGGAGCAAGGGCUGGGUGCCCAAAGUGGGACUUAAGUAUGGGACAGAUUUACUGUUGUAUCGAAAAGGCCCUCCAUUUUACCAUGCAAGUUACUCUGUCAUUAUUGAGUUGGUCGAUGACCAUUUUGAGGGCUCUCUUCGCAGACCUUUCAGUUGGAGGUCACUGGCUGCCUUGAGCAGAGUUUCGGUUAAUGUCUCCAAGGAACUGAUGCUAUGCUAUUUGAUUAAACCCUCUACCAUGACUGACAAAGAGAUGGAGUCCCCAGAAUGUAUGAAACGAAUUAAAGUUCAGGAGGUGAUUCUAAGCCGUUGGGUUUCUUCACGAGAGAGGAGUGACCAAGACGAACUUUAACAAUUCAACCUCAGAAUUCUGAUUUACCAACAAAUACUAUUGAGUCUCCUACAGUAAGCCGAGUUCAGUGGAGGUAAAGAGUCCUCUUAUUAUAACCGCCCAUUAAUUGAAAAGUUUUAAAGGGCAUAGCAGUCCCAGCACCAAAAAGCUGUUAGUAUUUUACAAAAUAAAAUUACACAGGGGAGAAAAAAGAGCUCUGUGCUGGCCUUCAGAUUCUGUCCUUGGGUCAUUCACUGACUCCCAACUGAUGCUGAGCUUCUCUUCUGUGGGCCUGUGUCCUCAUCCAUUCAGUAAACAGGUCGGACUAGAUGAGUCCCAAGAGGACUCUUCCAGCAACAGGGAAAUUCUGUUACUCUCUGAUUUUACCUGAAAAUGACAGUAGUUUACAUUUAUGUGGUACAGUACUGUUUCCCAAAGGCUUGUGUACACAUGCGUCUCUUGUUACUCACCUCCAGUCUGUUCCUGAAAGAGUGCCGGAGAGGAGAUUUGGGGAUUUUAAGACCCUGUAUUCCGUUAUGUUAAAUGGAACAAAUAAUGUGUCUCACCUUAUCUAAGAACUUGAACCAAUUACUCGAACGUUUAAAAAUCCGUUUAAUAUCUGUCAAGGAUUUCCGAGUCAUAAAGCCUUUAAAACCUAAUCUCUAACUCUCACUGAACUCACUGAUGGACAUGUUUGUGUAUAGUAUGCAGCAAUAUUGUACAGUAUUAGAUAAAAACUGCAUCGUGCUUCAGUGAACUUGUUAUAAAAUUUAAAAAUGUAGUGAAAUAAUGUAUGGAGAUACAUAAUGAAUGCAGUUAGCAUUUGGCAAAACACAAUAAACCAAGCCUUUUUCAAAUUG